CUGAGUCACCACCUGUGUACUGAAUGUCCGGAUCGAUACGGUGUUUAAGCUGGGUUACCGAGAUGGCGACGGCUUCCAGCUGGACAGACUCGGGCCGAUAGCCUCCAAAGCUUUCGUUCUGGCUGCAGAGGAAAUCGUAGGAUUGUAAAAGUUACCAGCCAAGCCUCGUAGCAGCAUAUGACAUGUUCAAUCCAGUGGGCCAAGGGUUCGGAGCCGUGUUUUGGGAAAUUUCCCUUUGCUGACUCGGAUGAGCUCAUCCGAGUCGUAGUGCAAGCUUGCUGACAAAAAAUCCGAUCGGCGUUUAUAGGAGGAUUAUUCAUAAUGUCACUCAUUCCUUUCAUUCUUGCCUAGAGACAAUGCACUCACCUUGGCUAUCUCUUGUCGUCACCGCACCUCUUCUCGCCAUCAGCCUCUUCGAACCCCUAUCAGUAUUGGCAGUCCCUGUAGCGGACCUUGAAUUAUCGGAAACACAUACAACUCCUCAUGAUCUACUGGCAUCGUCAGGAGUCUUCAGACGUGACGAUGAUCAUAUGCAUAUGCAUCAAGGCGCACCUCUGACCGAGCUGAACGAGACCGCGAUCCUUGAGUGGCAUGCUCCCACUCCCCCCUCUUACUGGUCUAUCGAUAUCGAGCAUCGUGACCCAUCCGUACCCCGUUACCCUGCACUCAUGGCCUUACACAUCAUUUUUAUGACUCUUGCCUUCUUCGUCGCCCUGCCUGUUGGUAUAGCAAUGCGCGCUUUAAAGCAUUCAUGGCAUGGGCUCGUCGUAGUUGCAUUCUACAGUUUAUGCGCACUCGGGUGUGCAUCCGGUUCAUUAUACAGGAAGUUGACACCAGAUAUGUAUGAAGGAUCAACCCAUGCAUCCCACGGUUACUUGGUUUUAAUCCUAAGUUUAUGCCUCUCUGCGCUCGACAUCGUUCGCUUUCUCGUUCGUCUAUAUGCGUUCGUAAAGAGCAGAAGCAACUUUUCCUUGAAACCAUUCUGGCAGAAUGUUGUCCUGGGACGUAAUGAAGUCUACGACGUUACAGCCAGGUACACUAGCUUGGACCCGGGGGAACCCUCAGAGUUUGAUGUAGCUGAAAUGAAACCUCUGAGGGUCGCUGAAACUAGGGAUCCUCUCCAUGUGCGACGGAAUCAACUGAUUGCAACUAUCCAAACCCAAGAUUUGGAUGAUCCCGACAACGAUGAAACAGCACCAUGGGUCAACGACUCUCGAAAUAGUCAGGGGGCAAUCCAUUAUACGAAGUCGAGCUUAUCGGAGAGGAUCGUGUUUGAAGCUGAUUCCCCGCAAGGUUCUAGGCACUCUGACGAAACCUUGCAUGAUUUCAAACUUCCUGGUCUUAUCGAGCCACAAGCUCCUCUGAUCCGCAUUGGUCAAGGGGCAUUUGCUACUCUUGAGAGAGCAUUGGUCUUUGCAGCUUUUGGUAUGACGCUGUCAGGUAUUGUCGUCUAUACCGGUGGCUGUCGCGAAAGCUAUGUAAACGGCUGUCUUGCGCAUCUAAUCAAGGGCGGCAUUUUCUGGUGUUAUGGCUUGGUUACAUUUGCUCGGUACCUUGGAUCUUUCUCUGAGCUUGGGUGGGCUUGGAAUAUCUCACCGAGUGGUGAACAUGUUUCUGCUGAAUUCGUGGAGUCGUUGGUCAUUUUUCUCUACGGCAUCACCAACACUUGGAUGGAACGUUUUGGCGUUCACUCUGGUGACCCUUACACCACCAAGCAAGUACAACAUAUAAGUAUUGCUGUCAUGUUUUGGUUUGCCGGACUCGUUGGGAUGGGAAUCGAGUCAAAACGUGUUCGCCGCUGGCUUGCUGCGUCUGCUGCAGCCGCUGUCGGCCCAGCUGAGGUGUCCGAGCCUCCAAGCUAUCGUGGUAGCUUCAACCCUUUUCCUGCUCUCGUCAUUGGUGUCACCGGUGCUGCAAUGAGCGCUCACGCCCAGACUUAUCUCUUCCAGGUACAGAUACACGAAAUAUGGGGAGGGCUCCUUUUGGGAUUCUCGGUUUUAAGGUGCUUAACCUACUUCUUUGUCUGGCUUGGCCCGCCCCGCUCUAUCCUUCCAUCUCGACCGCCGACAGAAGCUCUUGCAAGCUUCUUCCUUGCAUGUGGUGGUUUGGUGUUUAUAUUCAGCACAGAAGAAGUCACAAUUGCCGCUAUGCGAAAAGGGCGUGAUGAUAUGAUGAUGUUCCUUAACCUCGCCGUUGCUAUCACAUGCUUCGCAUUCUGCUGGACGUUCUGCAUCGUUGCGAUGAAAGGAUGGCUCAGAUCCCGAAGCAGUCCUCGCUACCCGCUCUCAGCUCCAUGAUCAGAAGAUGCUCUUGUUGUCCGUGCUUACACGUAAAUGCUAUAAUUCACGAGUGCUUUCAGUUUUCCUUUUCAUCAGCAUGUUCGCUCACAUAUAUAGUACUUGAUAAUCCUGCCAUAUCUACGGCUCUUACGAUAUUAACCCAUAGAAUCUCUUACAUGAUUUCACGCUCAUC